AUGGGCUUCGUCGUCCAUCUGGUGCAUGAUGAUCUACACCGCACCCCUCUGGCACGAAGGGCGAGGUGCCUCCGAGGCUCCAUGCUCAAAUGGCACCAGAACCGGAAGGAGUUGUUCGGUCUGGCGGCCCAUAUUUUUGUUGAUAGCCUGAUCCCCGAUUUCGGUGGCAUCACACAGUGUGAUUCACACCCCGCUUCCUCUCCGACUCUCCGACAGCCCUCUCCUGGCUCCGCGGUGGAGCCCGAGUCGGGCUGCCCGACCGAGUCGGGCCGAGUGACUUGCAAGCCCAUCGAGCGCAUUGCCAUACCCCGUCUUUGUGAUGCGAUUGCGGAUGUCCGCAAGGUUUGGAGAAUGAAAUACCAUGUCGUACCAGCGUUGCUACACGUGGCAGCAUCUCAAAACGCCAAGUCGGAUGGACUCAGUCGGUUGACGUUUUCUUGGGGUAUCCCUGAAAAAUCAUAUUUGAAGGGCGAGGUAUGGCCGGGGCUCGCCCGCCAUUCGACCUGGCAGAGGACGCCACUGACCAAGAGCAUGGAAAGCUAUUAG